UUGUAAGUUGUGACUCCAAAGAACAGAGAGAGAUCAGUUACACCAACGCCGCAAUGAUGUAGCCCAGCGGCUAACCGCGUAGAAUAUAAAAUUGGUCGGGGAAAAAAUUUGGCCAGUAUACAGGGAGAGUUCUUUUGUAUUUUUGUAAAUAUCGUUGUCAGUUUUUAGGCAAAUUGCUUCCUACAUUCAAAUAAAGACAUGAUUAAGCUAUUCUCUCUGAAGCAACAAAAAAAGGAAGGAGAAACGUCUAAGAGCAGCGGAGUAAAACGAGCUUCGGCAGCCCAGUUGAGAAUCACGAAAGAUAUAAAUGAUCUUAGUUUACCAAAGACGUGUAAGAUCGAGUUUCCAGAUCCGGAUGAUUUGCUGAAUUUUAAAUUGGUCAUUGCUCCUGAUGAGGGCUUUUAUAGAAAUGGUCAUUUCGAUUUCAGCUUUAAGGUUGGUCAAGGGUAUCCUCACGAUGCUCCAAAAGUAAAGUGUGAAACAAAGGUUUAUCAUCCAAAUAUUGAUCUCGAAGGAAAUAUUUGCCUAAACAUUUUGAGGGAAGACUGGAAGCCAGUGUUAACGAUUAACUCCAUCAUUUAUGGUCUUCAAUAUCUAUUUCUGGAACCUAACCCCGACGACCCUCUCAAUAAAGAUGCAGCUGAAGUAUUACGGUCCAACAGAAGGUUGUUUGAACAGAAUGUGAAUAAAGCAAUGCGAGGGGGCUAUGUAAAUGGGACGUAUUUUGAAAGAUGUCUCGGACGCUAAAAUAUACGAGAAGAAAAAUGUGAAGUAAACUAUGGCAUAUCUUAACCAGCAUAUGCAUGCAUGUACAGUAUAUAUAGUAUAAAAAUGAAAGAUAUCGUAAAGAAGAUGAGGAGCCGAUCAGACCGGCAUAGCUGAGACCAUGCAUAGUCGCUGUAUGACACUGCCUGGGGCACAUGUAACUGGAACUUUAAGACUCUUUUGCUCCUCACUGAUCUGAUAAUAUACUGGAUAUGGCAACAAGUCAGUAUUAAUGAACUGAAGUCCCUGCAGAACCGAGAGAAAUACUGCUUCACGGCCGUUGUUAUCAGGAUUGAUUUAUAACAUGAUUCAAACUAAACAAAAAGAGCCUGAGACCUGUCCCGGGGGUUGCGUGAAUUAUCGAUUCGUUUUAAUCGGGGUUCCGGACGUUAAUAAAUUCUCACUUCGAUUUUGAUGGUUAUCCAGUGUAUUAUCAGAUCAGUUCCGAAACUUCUCCCAUAACAAGACAUAUUGAAGCAACCAGCCAAUUAUAUUCGAGUAGAUGAACAUUAAUAUUCGAACAGGUUAGAAUUAUUGUGUAGACAAAUGUAACUUUAAAAAAAUCUUCUCUGUGCGAUACAAAUUGGAGAAAUACAAAGCACAGGCACAAAGUUGUGAACAUAUUGUACAACGAAAUAAUUCUGACCUGUUGGUUUGUAAAACAAAGGUUCCCUGGACUCUUAAUACACCCGCAACAUACACCCACGAGCAUGAUUUAGAGCUUUCCGUUGACAGACAGGCGUACAGAGACUGUGCUUAAACAUUAGUUAGCCUGACCUGGAUUAAUUCUAACAGGUCUGCAAACAAGUUGCCCUAUAACAACGAGGAGGAACUUCGUUUUGAACUAAUCGGCCAGUUUGUUAACAUUUUUAUGGCUACGCCAAUCAGAAUGCCUAAAUUUUUUAAACUUCAUGUAAAACAGUAAAUAAUGUAAUUUUUACCGGAAGUUAUCAAUAUCUAUGCAUUCUGAUUGGGUUAUUGAAAAUGAAAACAAAUUUGCUGAUUAGCUGAAUCGAAAUGCCUCCUUGUUCGUCUUUACUUCUUGUUUCGCGAUGUAAUAACUUGGAAACUAGCCUUGUUACAAUGUUGUUUAUAUAAAGGAUGUUCCAAUGUGGAAACUGCACGAAUUUGCAUUAUACAUUUUAUAUGAAAUUUGCUAUAUAAAUUUAAACUUCAAUUUUAACUAAAGUACCUAUGAAAAAUUUUAAUAACAAAUUAAUUGCCCUAGUAUGGUUUUGAAAACAUACUCGAGCAUUGGGAUAAAAACUUGUGGAAGGCUAGUUGUUUGCAGACCUCUCAGUUUACUAUACGUGUAUAAUCUUAGAUGGUUUUUCGAUUGGGUUGAAAAUGCACGGGCAGUAAAAAUUAUUUUUGUCAAUGUUUGGUUCGUCGGCCAGAAAUAUUUAAAGAAUCAUUUUCUAGAUUUUUAUUUUGUUCCUAAACCAAAAAAGUGCAAGUUUCAAAGCAAUUCAACCUGUCCUGUUUAUAGUUGGUGGAUUAUUGAUAAAAAAAUCAACAUUAUAAAGGGGCAUUUGAUUUCUUUAAUUUUCAAAACGAAAGAAAAGCUUAUAUGUUAUAAUACUUUCGCAAAUUUAUUGAAAAAUCUAGCAUCCUUGGUCCUGCUUGUGAAGUUAAAUAAUUAUAUCUAUUUGUUUCUAUUUCUUGUAAUAUAAGCGAGAUAAAAACUCUGUAAAUGGACUCUGUAAGAAAUGUCAACGUUUGUUUUAACUACACAAAAAUUGUUUUGUUGCCAUAUUAUAUAAAGUAAUUUGACGACCUCGAAGACGAAGUCGUAAAGUUAAUGUACUCAGCUACGGUGUUUCCACUAAGAGCCAAGUCUGGCCUAGACCUAGCUUUAAAUUUCACCUUUGAAGGAAAAUCAGGCUCGACCGAGGUCUUGGCCGUGAAAACGAGUAGUAGAGAGCUGGGCCUAUGUCAGGCAAGGGCUCUUAUUGUUAA